GAGCCUGGGCCGCGGCCUACGCACCGGUUCCCGGAGCCUGCAGGAGCUGGUGGCCGCCAAGGAGGCGGAGAAGCCGAGCGGGACCGAGCUGAGCCCUUUAAUCCUGCAGAGGAGCUCCAUGAGAUGGGAUGGAAAGACCUAUGAAGAGAUCCCGAUAGCUCACAUCAAAGCUACCUACAACAACACCCACGUCCAGGUGGUCAGCUUUGACAGCAGGCCCCUUGCCCGCACGUCCUGCGGCACGGAAGGCUUCCAGAACGCCAAGAAGGGAACGGCCAUCGCCGCACAGACCGCGGCCAUAGCAGCAGCCGUGAAAGCACGUGGGAAGGGCGUGUUGCACGUACGAGUCGUGGUGAAGGGACUGGGGCCAGGACGCAAAGCUGCCAUCAAGGGUUUGACUAUGGGGGGCUUGGAGGUCAUCUCCAUCACAGACAACACGCCGGUGCCCCACAAUGGCUGCCGCCCGCGGAAGGCCCGGCGGAUGUGA